AUUAGCUGGCAUCCUACAUGUAUAAAAACAACAGGGCUUAGAGCUGAUUUCCAGGCACAGAGUGGACCUCAUGAGUUGUUAGCUGUGCUUUGAGAUCUGAGUUUUAAUACAACACAGGAAGAAACUGCAGCCUGCAGGGCACAGUACCUAUACAAAUGUUGGAUUAGUACACUGGAAGCCAAAUUCGGGAACUAACAUUCCACUGGUGAGAAAAAAAAGAAGCAUGGACAACAGUAAAGAUGAUGACAGACUACUGAACAGGAUUGCAUUUCCAGGAGCUAUGUCUCUGGCUAACGGCUAUGUGCAUUCCCACGGGAUAUCCCUGAGAGAGCCCUUUGGGGUUCCUUUCCAUCUGGACCCAUCUUACUGGGAGCAAGCCUAUAGUGGGCACACAGGUCGUGUCUCCUACAUCCCAUUCCCUGGCUACAUGGGCAUCUAUGACUAUUCCUUUGAGCCUGCCUUCAUUCGAAAGAGGAACGAGAGGGAAAGGCAGCGGGUGCGCUGCGUGAACGAGGGAUACACACGCCUGAGAGAGCACCUGCCCAAGGAAUUCACUGACAAGCGCCUCAGCAAAGUGGAGACCCUGAGAGCUGCAAUAAGCUACAUCAAACACCUGCAGAGCUUGCUGGACUGCCAUUCCUUAGGCUCUAACAGCAAGGAAACGCUCUCUGCCAAGGAGCUCCCAGAAGUUCCCAGUCCUGGUCCCCCACGGGAGUGCAACAGUGAUGGAGAGUCUAAAACUUCUUCAGCUUCAUCUCCCUACAGUGAAUUUGAGGAGACGGGCAGCUAG